AUGAUGAACGCAUAUGUUGAGGCGGAAAAGGAAAGGGAGAAAAAGAUGGAACAGAGGAUUUUUGAGAUUUUGGAGGUAUUCAGAAUUUUAUAAGAUACAAAAUUAACUGUAUCAUCAAUCUUUUCGAUUAUUUUGGACAUAAUUUUUGUUGACAACAAAAUUUCUAGGCCUUACAUUUAUAUCUCUCCCCCAAUUCUGAAUCCCUUUGUCACAUUUUUGCUAUUUCUAAGACGAAGAUAUCACUCUCGUAUUUUACAACUUCCCUCAAUAUUUGUCGCGUUUGAAACUCGAUUGCCCGUCAUUUUGAGAGAUGUUAAAUAACAGUUUACAUUUUUUAGAAUCUUCAAGAAUCCCGAAGAACUACCACACGUUCUUCGCGCUCCUCGAUUUUUAGCGUCGUAGUAAUUCUUGGGCCCGCCUGGAGAAAAAAAACCCGCUGGAGAGAGGGUGAGUUUAAACCAACGUGAAAAAAAUUUCCAGCUCUAGUAGGGAAAAAGUACUGUUUAAAUUCGAAGGCAGUCUAAAAAACUUAAUCGAUUUUACUUUCGCUUUUUUUCGCCAAGGUAGUAAAGUUACUUUUGGCCGUUUUCAGCGUUCAGAAAACUCUAA